GAUUUCUGUAAGAAAGAUCCAGAAAGAGUAGACAAUUAUUUCAUCUAUGAUUUUUGUUGUGCAAUAGCAAAAUUUUAUAAUAGUGAGAAUGCUCAUCAAAUAGUCGCAAAUAAGAAGCUAUCUGAAUAUUUUGGUUGCUUCAUACAACCAAUUGAACUCCCUGCAAAUAGAAAAGGUGAUAAACCCAGAACUGAUAGCACUAUAAGCUUUUCUGAGCCUUAUUUCUCUGUUUUUAGUAUUGUGAUUUCAGAUAAAGCUAUAAUUGAACUACUUACUUCAUUAUAUCCUCUUGCUUGGUAUAAAGAUGAUGAAAUAAAAUUAUCAAUUUCUAAAACAUUUUAUGCUCUAAAGAAAUCUCUUCAACUUCUCAAUCAAUACUAUACAGAAGUUGAUGAUAAACUAGCUUGA